AUGAUUGAAUCAAUUAGGAUCUACAUGAUGUCCAGACUUCAAAAGAACAGAGAUAAAAUGAUGAAGAGAUGGGAAUUAACAGGAAUACCUUGUAGUCAUGUUGUUGCAGCUAUAUGGGUUAAGAAGGAUGAACCUGAAAUGUAUGUUCAUAAAUGCUACAUAGUUGAGCAGUACAUGAAGAGUUAUAACCCAUCCAUUUUGCCAAUUGUCAGCUCUGAUCAAUGGCCUAAGGCGGGGAUAGAACCACCACUUCCACCCAUAUACAAGGCACAACCAGAUAGACCAAAAAAAUUAAGGAAGAGAGGAAUUGAUGAGACAACACAAAAAGAACCAGAUUCUAGAAAACUUACCUUGUUAAAAGUAUCGAGAAAAGGCGGAAAAAAGAAGUGUGGAUCAUGUGGAAACUUAGGGAAUAAUAGUAGAAAAUGCCCUAUUCUUAUGGGAAGAAACCAGUCUGAAGCUUCACAUCAACAAAUACAUCAGCAAGUCGAAAAAGAAGGCCCUUCUACAACUAGUAAUGCAACAGAAGUCCAUCAACUUAAGCAGACAAGGUUACCUCAAGAACAAUUAAAGAGUUCUAUAAUCAUUUUAGAAGAAUUUGGUGAGCAUUCCAGAGAAGGUACAAGACCACUCAUCAUCGAGAAAAUGGAAAAACAGUAUCUCCCAUUGUGA